AUGCAUACAAACAAUGUUACAGACUUAUCGGCAAUUAUAACUGAUAAAAAUAAAAAAACCACUUCGGCUGGUGCAGAAAGACGAAAAAAAAGACCUGCUCCUCUACCACCUAAUUGUCAAGAAAAGCAAGGUAUGACUGAUGAUCAUGCAUCCGAAGAACGAACUCCAAAUGUUAUUUCAAGAUAUGUUGAUCAAUCAAUAUGUGUCAAUGUGACUGAGACAACGGUGAAAGCUCCUGCAAACGUUCAAGUGUUACUUAAACUUGCUGGUGAAGAAUUGCUUAAAAUAGCAGCAACUGAAUUAUCAGCACAAAAAAUGAAGCGAAGUAUUUCUGGUGAUAUUCAGAUGGAAGUAAAAAAAAUCAUGAUUAACCAUGAGCAUUCAAGCCAGAAGAGUCAAUUGAUUGCUGCUGCACCGCCUGCAAUUAAAUUUGUUAGUGCAGCUACGAUGAUCAGCUUGACACAAACAAGCAAUAAUGCGAUACCGGAAAUAUCUGAUGAAGAGUUACUUGAAAUGGCUUUGAUGCUUGAAAAACAACAAGAACAACAACAAUAA